GCGGCCGUGGCGGGCGGGGGGAACAGCGCAAAGCCGCCGCCGCCGCCGCUGCUUUUCCGCCCCCCUCGUUUGUCGCCUCGGUCCAGGCAGCGCGUGGAGGGGAAGGACCGAGGUUCAGUGCCUGCCCCUCGCUUUCCCCUCUCGGCUGUCCGCACACGGGGUGGGGGGACCGGGCACCACAAGCUGCUCCCACCUUCCUUCCAUCCUUCCUCCCCUGCACAUCUCAGCCUCCUCAUCCAUCCAUCCAUCCAUCCAUCCCCAGGGGUGAGCCUUUGAAUGAGCAGCACUGUGGCCAGCCCGAUGUCAGCAGUUGCCUCUUCAAGCAGUGGAAGAAAAUCAACGAGCUUUACACCUGAAUUGCAGAGUAUGAUGUUUUCCCUGGGAGAUGCUCGCAGGCCACUGCAUGAAACCGCAAUUCUGGUGGAAGACAUUGUCCACACUCAGCUGAUAAAUUUGUUGCAGCAAGCAGCUGAAGUUUCUCAGAUGAGAGGAGCUCGAGUCAUCUCUGCUGAAGAUCUCCUGUUCUUAAUGCGCAAAGAUAAGAAGAAGCUUCGAAGGCUACUUAAAUACAUGUUUUUUCGAGACUACAAAUCUAAAAUUGUCAAAGGAAUAGAAGAAGAUGACCUCCUUGAAGACAAAUUCAACAGCAAUAACACCAACAAGAGGCAGAAGCUGGCCCAAGACUUUCUCAACUCCAUUGACCAGACUGGAGAGCUCUUGGCCAUGUUUGAAGAUGAUGAGAUCGAUGAUGUCAAGCAGGAACGAAUGGAGAGAGCAGAAAGACAAACACGAACCAUGGACUCAGUCCAGUAUGCAGAAUUCUGUGAAAGUCGGCAAUUGAGUUUUUCAAAGAAAGCAUCCAAAUUCCGUGACUGGCUGGACUGUAGCAGUAUGGAAAUAAAGCCAAAUGCAGUUGCAAUGGAGAUUUUGGCAUAUUUAGCAUAUGAGACUGUGGCCCAGCUGGUGGACUUGGCCCUUUUGGUUAAACAGGACAUGACUCCCAAAGCUGGUGACCCAUUCAGUCAUGCCAUAUCUGCCACCUUCAUACACUACCACAACUCUACUGAGCCGCAUCUCUUAGGGCAGUCUACGAGUGUGAAGACCAGCCUUGAGUCCCCUGAGAACACACCACCCCCUACACCCACUCCACCAGCAUCAGCAGGGCAGCAGCACCUUGGGAAAACCCCCUCAGGAGCCUUGGGGAAUGGUGGAAUUGGACAGGACUCCACCAAAUCCAAACAAAGGAAAAGAAAAAAGAGCACUGCAGCCUGUGGGAUGGAGGCUCAAAGUGAUGCCAUCCAGCCCAGCCACAUCAGAGAGGCCAUUCGACGCUACGGCCACAAGAUUGGCCCUCUUUCCCCAUUCACAGUACGUAAUAACAGAGUUAUAAAAAGUUAUAUUUAUAAUCUUAAAGAACUCUGAUUUUCAAGUGGUCAAAUGAAGAAGCUUUGGAAUUG